UUUAUCACAACACUGGAGGACUUUUAUCUGUCCUCCAGAGGUCAUUUCCUGUUCGCGUUCGCUCUGCUGGAUUGACACGUCACGAAGGUCAGGAGCAAACUGAUGGAAAAAUGGCGAGCACCUACAACACAUUCAAUCUACACACGACGCCAGAGAAGUUCUACAUCGAGGCGUGUGAUGAUGGAGCAGGAGACGUCCUCGCUAUUGACCGUGUGUCCACAGAAAUGACCCUCACAGUGAGGAAGGACGUGCCUCCGUCAGCAGUGACUCGUCCGAUGUGUGGCAUCAUGGGAACCAUGCGGCUGGUGGCAGGCAUGUAUCUCAUCGUCAUUACGAAGAAGAAGAAGGUGGGCGAUCUGCUCGGUCACGCCGUCUGGAAAGCCACUGACUUUGACAUCAUUUCCUACAAGAAGACUGUCCUGCAUCUGACUGACACUCAGAUGCAGGACAACAAGGCCUUCUUGUCUAUGAUCAACAGCGUCCUGAACACAGACGGUUUCUACUUCGCCACAGACUACGACUUGACGCACACAUUACAGCGGCUGGCUAACACCAGCCCCGAGUUUCAGGAGAUGACCCUUCUGGAGCGCGCGGAUCAGAGAUUCGUGUGGAACGGUCAUCUGCUCCGAGACUUCAUGGCACAGCCGGAGCUGCACAAAUUCGUCUAUCCUGUUAUUCACGGCUUCGUCGCUAUGAAGUCGUGCUGCAUCAACGGGAAAAUCUUCGACUGGAACAUCAUUUCUAGGAGGAGCUGUUUCCGCGCUGGCGUCCGCUACUACGUCAGAGGUAUUGACUCUGAAGGUCAUGCGGCCAACUUUGUUGAGACGGAGCAGAUUGUUCAGUAUAAUGGAGCAAAAGCCUCAUUUGUUCAGACUCGAGGCUCCAUCCCCUUCUACUGGUCUCAGAGACCAAACCUGAAGUACAAACCAAAGCCACAGAUCAGCAAAAGCGGCAAUCAUCUGGAUGGUUUUCAGAGGCAUUUCGACUCUCAGAUCAUCACAUACGGCAAACAAGUGAUUUUGAACCUGGUGAAUCAAAAGGGCUCAGAAAAGCCUCUGGAACAGGCCUUCGCGAAGAUGGUGAACAAUCUGGGCAACGGCAUGAUCAAGUACAUUGCGUUUGACUUCCACAAGGAGUGCAGCCAUAUGAGAUGGCAUCGCCUGCAGAUCCUGGUGGACAUGGUGGCGGAAAUACAGAAUGAGUUUGGCUACUUCCUGGUGGAUUCAGACGGGACGGUGCAGCUACAGCAGGACGGGACGUUCAGAAGCAACUGCAUGGACUGUUUGGACCGAACCAAUGUCAUCCAGAGUCUGCUGGCGCGCCGCUCGCUGCAGUCACAGUUAGAGAGGAUGGGAGUUCUUCAUGUGGGCCAGAGGAUUGAAGAACAGGCGGAUUUUGAAAAAAUAUACAAGAAUGCAUGGGCAGAUAACGCUAACGCCUGUGCCAAACAGUACGCCGGGACCGGAGCCCUGAAGACCGACUUCACACGGACAGGAAGGAGAACGCAGUGGGGUUUGCUGAUGGACGGCUGGAACUCCAUGAUCAGAUACUACAAGAACAACUUCUCAGACGGUUUCAGACAGGACUCCAUUGACCUGUUUCUGGGUAAUUAUGCGGUGGAAGAGGCGGACAUGAACACUCCUCUACAUGACCCCAAAGACUGGAAGUUCCUCACGCUGCCGAUCAUCAUGGUGGUUGCUUUCUCCAUGUGCAUCAUAUGUCUCCUGAUGGCUGGUGACACCUGGACAGAGACGCUAGCAUACGUGUUGUUCUGGGGCUCGGCGAGCGUGGUGACGGCCGGCGUGAUCCUCUUCAACGGCCGGGACUUCGUCGACGCACCCAAACUGGUGCAGAAGGAGAAGAUGGACUGAACCUGCGUGUGUGGGAAGCAGCUGGGUCCCGCCGAGUCUUCAUCUUCCUCCUCCUCAUCCUCAGUGCUGUCCUACUCUCAGCUUCGCCGGCCCUGGAGCCUGUACUGAAGCUGCUUCGCCGGAGGAAGAGGAGGAGGAUGAAGGCCAGGGGCCAGACGGGACGCUCCACUGCUCUCCACACCAGGAUCGUAUCUCAGACAUCCCAUAAUUCCAUGGGCAGCUUCACAGACGCAGCGCUGGAAACCAGGUUCAUGUGCGGAUCGGGACCAUGAGGGACUCGGCCCAAGCCUCGUGGUCCAGACGUGUUUCCGUGUCGAAUCGUACACGCGUCGCAGCUC